AUGGCCGCCACGGACGUAGACGUGUUCUCGCACGAAGAGAAGCGGAACCUCACUUUGGGCGGCCAUGUUGGUUUCGACAGUCUUCCUGAUCAGCUGGUCAGUAAGUCUGUGACACAAGGCUUCUGCUUCAACAUCCUUUGCGUAGGGGAGACUGGCAUUGGUAAAUCAACGCUCAUGAACACGCUCUUCAACACGACGUUCGAGAACGAAGAGGCCAGCCACUACCAGGACGGCGUGUACCUGCGACCCAGAACGUAUGACCUGCAGGAGAGCAAUGUGCACCUGAAGCUCACCAUCGUGGACACGGUCGGCUUUGGAGACCAGAUCAACAAGGAGGAGAGCUACAAGCCCAUCGUGGAUUACAUCGACACGCAGUUCGAGAACUACCUCCAAGAGGAGCUGAAGAUCAAGCGAUCGCUCUAUAACUACCACGACACCAGAAUCCACAUCUGCUUGUACUUCAUCGCUCCCACGGGCCACUCGCUGAAAUCCCUUGAUCUGGUUACCAUGAAGAAACUGGACAGCAAGGUGAACGUCAUCCCAAUCAUCGCGAAGGCCGACACCAUCUCAAAGAGCGAGCUGCACAAGUUCAAGAUCAAGAUCAUGAGCGAGCUGGUCAGCAACGGUGUCCAGAUCUACCAGUUUCCGACCGACGACGACACUGUCGCCGAGAUUAAUUCAUCCAUGAAUGCUCUUCUGCCGUUCGCAGUGGUGGGCAGCAUCGAGGAGGUGAAGGUUGGCAACAAAAUGGUGAGAGCCAGGCAGUACCCAUGGGGGGUGGUGCAGGUGGAGAACGAGAGCCACUGUGACUUCGUGAAGCUGCGUGAGAUGCUGCUGCGCGUGAACAUGGAGGACCUGCGGGAGCAGACGCACGCCCGCCACUACGAGCUGUACCGCCGCUGCAAGCUGGAGGAGAUGGGCUUCAAGGACACGGACCCCGACAGCCAGCCUUUCAGCUUACAGGAGACGUACGAGGCCAAGAGGAAGGAGUUCCUAGGGGACCUUCAGCGCAAGGAGGAAGAGAUGAGGCAGAUGUUCGUCAAUAAGGUGAAGGAAACAGAGGCAGAGCUGAAGGAGAAGGAGAGGGAGUUGCAUGAAAAGUUCGAGCAGCUGAAGAGGAUGCAUCAGGAAGAGAAGAGGAAGGUGGAGGAAAAGAGGCGGGACCUCGAGGAGGAAAUGAACGCCUUCAACAGGAAGAAGGUGGCCACUGAGACUCUGCAGGCCCAGUCUUUACAAGGAUUACAGCAGUCGCUCAGGAAGGACAAAGACAGGAAGAACAGGUCUGUAAAGACCGAGAACCAAUCGGGUGCCGCUCUCUCCAGCUCCAAGGUGAUGAUCGCUAGGGCCAGCGUGGAGCCCUUGAACUGCGACAGUUGGUGGCAGGCCAUGCAGUGUUGCACCUGUCUGAUCCAGAGCGCCGUGUGGAAGAAGGGCUCUCUCUGAUGGCGGCGCUGAGGUAGGCGCGGCUGUCCGGAUGUCACCAGGGCGUGGAACUGCGGCCGUCGCCAAGGGAGACCAGAACACAGGGAUCUGUCAGCUGACCGCCCCACCUCGAUGACCCAGCAUUCCCUCCUACUAGCGGUGGACUCUCCAUUCCCCCGCCCCCCCUUUCCUGGCAGGGGUGUCUACCCUUCCUCGCUACCAUGCGUGCGCCGUGCUUGUCCGUCCCGACGAACUAAAGGACCGUCCAACCUGUCACGUUGAUCGCCGGUUCUGUCCGUGUUUCUGUAUCUGCCAGUACCCGUUUCUGCCCCCAACCCGAGUGUCUUUUCUGUCAGAAUUGUUUACUCCGGAUUGAGAACUGUUUGUUUGUGCAAUUUUUAGCAAAUAAGCCAUAGCUACAGGAUUCGAGGAUACGACCCCUACGAUUAUACAGUGAAUUGUACAUGUUGAUGGAGUAGCAGAGUAUUUACUGAGAAUUUAUUUUUAGCAAGAUUUAAUACACAAUAUUUAGGUCAGUAUUGAACUGGGAAAGACAAAUUACAAACUUUGCAAGUAAAAUUUUAAAAGCAGCCAAGAUCAUCCAGGCUAACUUUAAUAUCUAAAACAGUUUCCCCUAGAUCAGUAGUAUUAGAUUAUAUUUUAUACAUAUUUUGUGCCCCAGAACAGACAUUUUUUUUUAAAGAACAACUAUGGUAGUCCUUUUCAAAAACUGGAUUCAGUUCAAUUUUUCAUACAAAUAUAUCACAUCUACGGCCCUCUCUGGAGCAUGUUGAAUGGUUGUAGGGAAGGUAACAGUGGAAGGCAGAAAUAUCGCUCACAAAUUGUUUGAAUACGUCAACAGGUGGAAUUGAUAAAAGGUGAACUUCAGUUUUUACUUACUAUUAAAAAGUUCAAACGAUACCAUUUAGAAUUUUUAAAUUCCUAAAGCUUUAUUUUCUUAUUUAGAUGUUGCAGGCAUCGAAUACAGAGAUUAUUAUUUUUUCCUUUCUAAAUAACUUUUUGUCCUCGUGCGGUUAGUCUUUGUAAUUACAGGUCUCAAUUGAAGGUGCCUUGGCCAAUUCGAGUAUUUCACAACUGCACAGAGUAAGAGCACAGAGCAGUAACUUGCGACGGACCAUUUACAAUUCGCGGUGCCAUAUUUUAAUGCAGUGCAUCCAACCAAGAACGUGUUUGUAGCUGUGCUCCCGAAGAAACACAAAGUGUUAUACAUUCCAGUGUACGUUUUUUGCUCUUUCGGUUCAAAGGGGGAAAACGGAGAUGAUCCCUUACGAUAUGAA